AUGACAGUAAAUCGUUAUUCCUAUAAUGGUCCAGCAGAUCACACAGCCACUCCUCAACUUGAGAAUGUGCGUGGAAAGUCAGUCAUUGUAACAGGAGGCGCCAACGGUAUGGGCGAAGCCUUUGUGAGAGACUUUGUCGCCGCUGGUGCCUACGUUACUUUUGCUGAUGUCAACGAGGAGCGUGGCCAUGGAAUUGAAGCGGAACUUAAUGCUAGCGGGAUAACCUGCGCUUUCGUGAAAUGCGACAUCAGAGAUUGGGAUCAACAAAAGACAGUUUUUGAGAAGGCAAAAAGCCAGAGCCCUAGUAACAGCGUCGACGUUGUGAUUGCCAAUGCUGGCAUUAGUCGGAGCUCUGGCGACAGUUUGUGGAACUUGGAUGAUCCCGAAGGCGAGCCAACAAAACCUGACCUCAAUAUUGUCCGGGUCAAUAUAGAUGGCACAUUCUACACCUGGAAGCUAGCCGUUCAUUACUUCCGCAGUAUGGUGGCAUGGAUAGACUCCCCAGGCAACUGGGAGUACACUGCGACGAAAUAUGGACUGCGUGGUUUCAUGAGAACAGUUCGAAGAUCCAGCCAUGAGCAAAACAUCCGAAUUAACUAUGUUGCGCCAUGCUGGAUAAAGAGUGCUAUCCGAACAGCAGAGUAUGAAAAAUGGCUCAUCGAUCAUGGCGUCGAAUUUGGGGAGCAGAAGGAUGUUUCUAGCUGCAUGUUGCGAAUUGCUACUGAUAGGACAAUUAACGGGCGGUCCUUGAUGAUAACGCCUCGGUCAGUUGCAAAAGAGGGAUUCGUGGAUAUUGAUAGGGAGGACUACAAGGAUACUCCGGAAGAUGAGUACUUGAAAAAGGUUCAGGCUUCUCAGCUCGUUAUUAUCGAGGACAAAUGGCUAGACGACUACAAGGUCAGGAUAUAUAAGGACUGA